AAACGUAUUCGCCAGUCUCUGCUCCGAAGGGUACACAAAAGAAGCGUUUGAGAGGCUUAAAUCUCAAAGAUGAACAGACCUAUCUCUCUUCUCUCACCUUAUUCAUUCAUGUAUCUCCCAGAAAUCACUUUCUUUGCGAAAACAACUUCAUUAUUUGAUAAUUGUAUCUGGGUGCUCAAUGGACAAAUUUGUGUCAAAUCACUUACUAAACAUGUACGCCAAAUUUAGAGAGCUACAGACAGGUCUGGCAUUGUUUGAUUUCAUGCCAUUAAAGAAUAUAAUGUCUUGUAACAUUUUGAUCAAUGGGUAUCUGCAAAUUGGUGAAUUGGACGGUGCCAGACAGGUGUUUGAUGAAAUGACUGACAGAAAUAUUGCCACAUGGAAUGCCAUGCUUGCUGGGUUCAUUCAGUUCGAAUAUAACGAGGAGAGGUUAAGAUUGUUUAGGGAAAUGCGUGAGUGGGAGUUUAUGCCUGAUGAGUAUGCUCUCGGUAGUGUGCUUAGGGGUUGUGCAGGUUUGAGAGCUUUGUUUGCGGGGAGGCAGGUUCAUGGUAAUCUGAUAAAAUGUGGGUUUGAAGUCAACUUGGUUGUUGGGAGCUCUUUGGCUCAUAUGUAUAUGAAAUGUGGGGGCUUGGAGGAAGGAGAAAAGGUAAUUAAAUCUAUGCCAAUCCGGAAUGUGGUUGCUUGGAAUACACUUAUUGCAGGAAAAGCUCAAAAAGGGUGCCCUGAGAAUGUUUUGGUUCAGUACAAUAUGAUGAAACUGUCAGAUUUUAGGCCUGAUAAGAUUACCUUCGUGAGCGUGAUUAGUUCAUGUUCUGACUUGGCAACUCUAAGACAAGGUUCUGUAAAAGCCUUUUCUGAAUGUGAAGAACCUGAUACAGUGUUAUGGAGCUCAAUGAUUGCUGCUUAUGGGUUUCAUGGACAAGGAGAGGAAGCCAUCAAGUUGUUUGAGAAAAUGGAGCAGGAAGAGUUGGAGCCAAACGACGUCACCUUCUUGAGCUUACUUUAUGCUGGUAGUCAUUGUGGUUUGAAAGAAAAAGGACUUAAAAUCUUUGACCUAAUGCUAUAGAAGUAUGGACUAAAACCUAGUGUACAGCACUAUACAUGUGUAGUUGACCUACUUGGUCGUUCUGGUUGCCCGGAUGAAGCAGAGGCUACAAUCAGAUCAAUGCCGGUACAGGCAGAUGCUAUAAUAUGGAAGACUUUAUUUUCCGCAUUUAAGAUCCAUAAGAAUGCAGAUAUGGCAAAAAGGGUUGCCACAGAAGUAUUUAGGCUCGAUCCUCAGGAUUCUGCUUCUUAUUUUGCUCCUUUCAAACAUUCAUGCAUCUGCUAAAAUGUGGCAGGAUGUCUCUACUGUAAGAAAAUCCAUGAGAGAUAGGAGAGUGAAGAAGGAACCUGGAAUAAGCUGGUUGGAAAUAAAAAAUAAGAUUCAUCAGUUUUGCAUUGUUGAUAAAUUCCAUCCGCAAUCAGAGGAGAUCGUUUUGUAUUUGAAAAAACUAACUUCAGAUAUGAAGUUGCGUGGUUUUACACCUGACACUGCAUCUGUUCUGCACGAUAUGGAUAAUGAGGAAAAAUAAUACAAACUUACUCAUCAUAGUGAGAAGUUGGCUAUUGGUUUUGCUGUAAUGUAUACUCCCCCAGGUACUCCAAUAAGAGUGAUGAAAAACUUACGAAUCUGCAAUGGUUGUCAUGUUGCUACUAAGUUCAUAUCAGAAAUCAAAAACCGAGUGAUAA